GUCAAAGAUCAUGAUCGUUCAAUGCCAUGGUGUGUCAGCACAGUUGUGUACGAAGCGGUGUCAAAACAUUAUGAUUCGAUCAUAGUACCGGUAUAAUAAAUCUAGAGAUAUAUCAUCAGUAUCGCACCAGUGACCAUAGCCAUGUCAAAACUCUCACAGUUUCGCACCUUUGGCAAAAAAAUAGUCUGCGUUGGUCGAAAUUACAGGGAACAUGCUGCAGAGUUAGGGAACCCAGUACCUAGCAAGCCAAUACUUUUCCUGAAGCCAACUUCUGCUUACAUUUCUGAAGGUCAAGCCAUAAAGAUCCCACAAGGAUGUAAUGACUUGAACCAUGAAGUAGAACUUGGAGUUGUGAUUGGCAGCAAAGCUAUUCAGGUAGCUCCAGAGGAGGCCUUGAACUAUGUGGGUGGCUAUGCUCUAGGGUUAGACAUGACUGCUAGGGACUGGCAGUCCGAAGCCAAAAAACAAGGACAUCCAUGGUCUUUAGCUAAAGGAUUUGAUACCUCCUGCCCAGUUAGUGCAUUCAUUGAAAAAGAAAAGAUUCCAGAUCCAAAUAACAUUGAUCUGUGGCUGAAAGUCAAUGGAGAGACUAAACAAGCAGGGAACACCAAAGAUAUGAUUUUCUCAGUGGAAUAUUUAGUUAGCUAUGCUAGCCAGUAUUUUACAUUAGAACCUGGAGAUUUACUUUUGACUGGCACACCUUCUGGUGUUUCCAAACUAAAACCUGGUGAUAUCAUUCAGGCUGGACUAGGAAAUCUGAUUAGCAUGCAGUUUAAAGUGGACAAGUAGUUACCCAAGAAGAAGAAAAAACACCAUUAUUUAUUUAUAAUCAGUGACAAUUCAAUGAAGUGCCUUGUGUGAUACUCAAUGCAGCUAUUAUGUCAGGAAUAAGGAGUCAACUUACUAACCAGAUUUUAGUAAAUUCAAGUUACUUUGUAUGCAAGAGCAUCUAAUGUUAUUUGUGAGAGAGUUAAGAUUAACAGUUAAUCUGGUGUAACAGUUAAUCUGGUGUUGUUGUUUUUUGUGAUAUAGGAGUGAAAAGUGGGUAGCACAAUAAGACAAGAAAUGAAAAAACACAGGAGCUUGAUAAUAAAACUAAACCAAAAUAAAAA